CAUGCGCGUUAAACACUGUCAUACAUUAUGCACACCAUUGUAUCUUUGACGUACGCUGACUAAUCUUUUCUCUCAGCUGAUUGACGAGUAAAAUAAACUAAUAACACGAGGAUGGGAUUUUAAAGAAGUGACUGCAAGAAGGAAUGCGAUAUGGAAAUCGGUUUAGGCAGAUCUAGGCCAUGAUGCAAAAGUUAAUUAGAAGCUUUACACAAGAAAUCCAAACAGAUACUCCUAAAAUAUAUACAAAAAUUUAAAACAAACAGACAAGCUUUUAAUAUUGAGAUGAACUUUGAAUGCUUUAACUUCACUACAGACAGCAAGAAGUUUGGAAUACUCAGCCAUUGCUAGCGAUAUGAAUGAAAAUACAGAUGCCAUAUCAAAGAAGUUUAUAAUAUUCAGCAUUGAAGAAAAUACGCCAUGAUAUUUCCCUAAUGCUAUAAAAUGGAAUUAUUCGCAACACCUGGCACCGUUGAAACUUCAAACUUUCCUAUAUCAAAUGAUUUUAUCUUGAGGAAGAAAACCGAGACAAACUUCUUACACUCAACUGCAGAAAACGUUGUGGUUAAACCAGAAAAUGCUGUCUCAGUAAAAGAAAGCCGAAAUUUUACAAAACUAACCCAAGAACUUGAUCAGAACAUUGUACCUGCCUUAAUGAUUCAUUGUUCAUCUUCUUCCAAGGAAAGUUCUUCGAAAAGUUUAUCAGAAAAUACUUUUGACAAAAACAAGGUUACAGACGCUAAAAACAGUGCCAUUACUGACGGCUAUAUGAACGCAGUCUUGCAUACUCAGAGUAAUAACUCAAUUAUUAACAACAAUAGUGCUACUAGCAAUAAUAAUAAUAAUAAUAAUAAUAAUAAUAAUAAUAAUAAUAAUAAUAAUAAUAAUGAUUCCAAUAACCUACCUUGGGAAUAUGAUUCGUGUAAUUCUUCCUGUUUACGAAUCUUAAAUCGUCCUUCCGUGGUGCUUUCGUUACUCUGUAUCUCCAGUUUUCUCAAAGGUUUUAUUCUGAACGGAAUUAUCAAUGUCAACAUGUCAACCAUUGAAAAACGAUUUGGAUUGACCAGUAGUCAAGCUGGUUGGAUAGCCAGUGUCCAUGACAUCACUGCCGCCCCUGUCGCUCUCUUUGUUAGCUUUAUCGGUGCAGUCGGCUAUAAAAUGCGUUGGAUUGGAUUCGGCUUAUUUUGUCUCAGCAUCGGUUCAUUCAUCAUUAUUAUGCCUCACUUUGCAGCUGGCGAAUACAAAUGGCAGCAUAACUUCACUGGUCUCUGCUCAAAUAAAACAAACCUGUCCGCAGCAUCUGAUACAAGCACAUCAAACCUCCUUUACGUGUUUCUCUUAGGCCGGCUUAUCCAUGGUAUAGGAUGUUCUAUUUUACAUACGCUGGGAAUUUCUUGUGUUGAUGAUUGCGUUGAUCCCAAAAAUGCACCGAUGUAUAUGGGUAUCAUGCUCUGCUUUGGAACAUUAGGUCCAGCGUUUGGUUUUCUCAUUGGAGGUGAAUUCUUGAAGAUCUUCGUCAAUGUAAAUUCCUCCGACAUAUUAUUUUCAGAAGAAGACCCCCAGUGGAUUGGUGCUUGGUGGCUCUCAUUUUUAGUGUCAGCGGUCAUUGCGUUAUUAAUCGUGCCGUUGAUGUUGGCAUACAAGAAGGAGCUGCCAAUUUCCAAAAAGAUAGAAGAUAGCUGCUCAGAGGUUCACCAAAAUACUUCCCAGAAGCGGUUGGCUCAGUUUGGUUUUGGAUCCAAAGUAAAAGAUCUCCCAGUCACAGCAUACCUUCUCUUGUGGAAUCCGAGUUUUUUAUUUGUGACUCUAACGUUUACUACCGAGGCAGCCUUAUUACAUGGUGUGACAACGUUUUUACCAAAAUAUCUAGAAAGCCAGUAUCAGCGGACACCAUCGCAAGCCUCUUUGCUCACAGGAAUUAUCGCAGUUCCUGGUGGCGCUGGAGGCCAACUGCUAGGAGGAUACAUUUGUAAAAGAUUUGGUUUAAAAAUAAACCAAAUGACCCGGUUGGCUAUUGUAUGUUUUGUUGUUUCAUUGACGACUUGGAGCGUUGUUUGGAUAAAAUGCGAUGGAAGUGUUUUGGCGGAUAUUACAGAGAAACAUGAUAACAGAAGGUAUCAAUUAAAUUUCUCUCACCUGGAUUUCACAGCGGCCUGCAACAUUGACUGCUACUGCACCACUGCAUUUUAUCAACCGAUCUGUGGUUCAAACAAACAGCUUUACUUCAGCCCUUGUCACGCCGGAUGUGUUGAACACAACGUGAAUAAUCAAAGUUAUUCGAACUGUUCUUGCAUCGAUGAUAUUGAACAGCCUGGAUAUGCAACGAAAGGAAUGUGCAAGAAUCACGGAAAUUGUUACCAGCUUUUCAUUUUCCUACCUUUGUUAAUGGUUACGUUUUUUCUAACUUUUGUCGCGCGGACUCCUCUUGUUGCUGUUGUACUUAGGUGUAUACCAGAUAACCAAAAGACAUUUGGUUUAGGUGUGAAUCAUUUUAUACGGCGUUUAGUGGGUUCUUUACCAGGUCCUUUGCUGUUCGGAAAAGCCCUCGACCAAUCCUGCCGUAUAUGGAAGCACGACAGAAAUAACGAUUCUUCCUGCUGGCUGUACAAUUCCUUUGACUUGUCCUUCAACUUUUUCAUCAUUUUUAUCAUUCUCCGAAUUUUAUCAAUAUCAUUCUUAACUUUUGCCAGUUGUCUUUACAAACCUCCUAGUAACAUAAGCACCAUAAACCGCCAUCCAAAAGCUUACGACAACCCAAUUGUUAGUCAGCAAGACGAAGUUACUGCACUGUGAAAUUACUUAUAACGUCAAGUCUGUUAACCAAGAAAUAAUAGUAGAAAAA